UGGCACUUUCGUAUUCGACGAAUUACAUUUUAUGGCUUACCGUUUUCUAUUAUUUUAGUUAAUUUCCCUAUACGGACCUCUGUGUAUUGACAAAAUAUAUUCCCCGAGUGAUUUGAACUGUGACAGAAUUACAAUAAGACGGUAUAAUUCUUUUGAAGUAUGUAAACUAAAUCUCAGGUUGGAAUUACUUUACAACGAAGUGCAUAUUAUGAUAAUUUAACAAAACUGCGUUAAUUGAUAAUUUUUUUUUAAAUAUCGACUUUAAAUGUCGAAAUUUGUGGAUUCAUCUUUAAUUGUUGAAGAUUAUUCAGAUAAGAGAAAGUCUGAUGAAGCGAGAUGGAGAGAAGACCUUACUGAGCAUUUUAGAAAAUUAGGCUUCCACAGAGAGGUUCCUACACCUGAGUUAUUGAGGGAAGCCCAAGAUGUAUACCGGAGGUUGGAUUGGGAACGGCCAGUUGAUGACGACGGAAACGUACUACCCUCCCCUCCCAUGACAUCAAAAGAGGAUGUGCUGGACGAGGAAGCAUUUGCAGUUUUAGAUGAACACGCAAUUAAGACACCCUUCACAUACAUCAAUCAGCACAUACGAUACUUAGUAGGUUAUCUACUCCAACCAACAGACACAGAUGUCGACAAAGCUAGAGUUCUGACAAGAUGGCUUGCCCGAUGUUUGGAGGAUGACUAUGUACGACAUUUACCAAGAACAGAAUGGACAACAGACGAUUCUACUGCAAGUUAUUUGUGGAAGCUUCGACGUCGGACAAUGGAUUACGACGAACUAUUCCAUGUACUCUGCGAACAUGCAGAUAUAAAAUUUGAGUUAGUAAGAGGUUGUGUACGUAACACGAUCAAUUACGAAGUUGGCGCUGAUUUUAAGAAUCAAAGAAAAACCUGGACUGCGGCAUUAUUAGAUGGGGAAUGGCGUCUCAUUGAUGUUCGUUGGAUAUGUGAAGCAGCUUAUGGUGUUACAAAGAACAAUUGGAGGCUUAUUGAAGACGAAAAAGGAAAAGUAAGCACAAAGCGUGCAAUGCAAGAAAAUAGAGGAACAUAUAAAACGCACUGUCGAUUUCGUGAAUUUUACUUUUUAGCUGACCCAGAAAUAUUUGUGUUUGAUCAUUUCCCCGAUGACGACAAAUGGCAGUUGUUAGCUCGAACUGUAACGUACGACGAGGCAAAAGAAUUACCAGCAAUAAGAUCUGACUUCUUUCAAGAAAAAUUGACCUUGAAAUCCCAUCCAAAGUCAAACGUAUCAAGUAAUGACGGACAAGUAACAUUCGAAAUUGGAUUUGACACUAGCAAGCGUAUGACGUUUGCUUACAAGCUGUACAGGUCAAAAGGUUGUAAAGAGCAAGUUGUUUCGACAAGAAGCGCUUUAGAUAGAUUUGUCUUUUUGGAAAGAGACCUCGACGAAGGAGUUAUGAGAGCUGUUAUUCGAUUUCCGUUUGUAGGGCAAUUUCUGUUUGAACUUCAUGGUAGUGAAAAAUCAGACACGCAUCAUGCAUUGCUAGUGACGUACUUCCUCACCUGCCAUGAUAUAAAGGAAGACUGCAAGCCACUUCCACCAAAUAUUCGUGAAGAAUGGGGACCAGGGGAGGAUACGAAAGAUAUGGGAAUGGUACCGUUAACUCAUCGUAAGGGUCAAAUCGAAGCUGAUGAUGGCGAUGCAGAAAUUAAAUUUUCAUUGGAUAGGGAACUUGAAUUCAAACAUGAUUUAGUGAAGGGUGAAGUUGAUAUACCUGUCACUGAAGGUCAUAUUCUUCAUACAAUUGAGAAUGGAGAAAUGUCCAUAAACGUGAGACUUCCAGAAGCAGGCGAGUACGCACUUAAUGUAAUGGCAAAGGAAAAGAACAAGAAAACAAGAUUUGCUCCAGCCUGUAGUUAUCUUGUUAGCUGUCAGGACGAACCCCUUGAAUCUGAUCCCUUUCCUGAUACGGAAGGAAAACAAUUAGGUCCAACUGCAACAUUUGCUCAAUUGGGAUUCUCUGAAGAUGACCCUUGGCCGUCCUUUGUAACUAAUCUUGUUACGGGAGAAUAUAAAAUGACUAUCAAACGAAAAAGAAACAUACUAGUAGCCGCAUCGCUAGAACUGGAAGAGGGUGAUACAACAACAGAUUACCAUAACUAUGUCUCAGUCGAUACAAAGGGAGAACUGGUUUUAAUUUGUGCCACGUUCCCUAAGAUGGGAACAUACACGUUGACUGUGUUUGCACGAAACACAGACGCUGUUGACGAUUCAGAUUUAUUCUUGCCACUAUACGUCAAAAUCAUCGAAGUCGUGUUGCCAACCUUGACCGGAACUCCUGUUCCCACAACUGCUCUGCUGCCAGCCUGGUGCCAUGGAUACAGCAUCAAAGAGCCUGAGCACUGUUGUCUACCUUCCAAUGAAAAAGUUAUGAUGUCGAUUGCCAUUCCUGAAGCAAGUGUUGUCUUAGUAAAAGGUCACCCAGAAUGCAAGAUGAAGAAAAAUGAAAAUGGGUAUUGGGAGGGAUUACUUAAAACCGGACAACCGGGCAGUGUCAUAGAUAUCAUGGCAAAAGAGACUAACAGAGAUCAAGCAGAGAAGAUAGUAUCAUACGAAGUUGUGUCAAAGGAGGACCUGUUGCAAAUGGAAAUGAAACAAGAAGUCACCUUUAGAGAUGCAUUGAACAGACUAGAAUCUAAGGAAGCUGAAAAACAAAGUCGUAUAAUAACUCGUUUGAAUCAGGCUGUUGAGGACAGGAACCGACCAAAAUUGGAAAAGUUCCUUGCACGUGCUAAAGAACUAAACCCCAAGGGUGCUACUGUUGAUAUCACUCGUGCGGAGGUUCUUUUGCGUGAACUUUUAGAUGAAGAAGGAAGACUCAUUGCUAGAAAAGAGCUAAGAAAAGCUACCAGAAUAUCUGAUAUACCGUCUUUAGAGGCAGCUGUAAGAAAAUUUAAGCAUUUGCAAAUGGUUGAGGAAGAUGGAGAUUUCUCAGCAGCUGUAGAAGUAUUACGUAAUUUGUUAGACAAAAAAGAUGAUUAUGUUCUUCCCUCGAUAAUUAUUGACGAUGAUGUUAAGAAAGAUGUAACCUUGCACACUGGCACUGGUGAAAACCUUUUCCAUGGUAGAAAUACAGGUGGGGUACACAUAUAUGUUUUACCUGAUGGACAUGUGCAACAGCAAGAGCUCACUGGAGCAGAGUCUAGUUUCCUACACCACAGUAUGAGAUCAUUCCACAAAGACACGACCCAGCUCACAUUCUCCGAAAUACCAGAAUCAAAGGGAGACGAUAGCUUCACCGGACCAUCGCAUCAUUUCAGUGGACCUACGCUUGGAACGUCAACACCACAAAAACCACACAAAAGCAGCGCUAGGGUACCAGAAUUGUUGAGGGAAGCCCGGUUAAAAAGUAAAAUGGCGCAACAGUCAGAUGAUGAACCUGAUCAAGACGAGGUUGAAGCUGCACUGAAUGAAAUAGAAAAAGAGGAACACAUUUCAAAAGACUGGGGAGGCCGUCGUACCUGGAAAAACAGAACUAUGAAUGUUUUCAAGAAGUAUUGGCACAGUAUGAAAGAAAAGUCACAAGUUUCAGAGGAAACACUCAAUGAUGAUAUUGAGAAAGAAAUUCAGAGGCUACGACAUAUCAAUACGAUGUGUCGAAAAAUGUCACAAGCCGCAAGGAAGAUUGGUCGAAAUUAUGGAACUCUAAUAAGCAGCGAGAAAUCGUUCCAUGAAUUACUUGGGGAUAUUCCGGACCUGAAUGAAAGUUUGGGAGAGGAACUAGCUAACACAUCUAUUACUCAACAAGACCUGAUAGGCGUAGAAGGAGUUAUGAAAGCUUCAUUUGAUGACUUUGCGAAAUCUAUUGACAAGCUUUGUACCCAUAUGGUAUCAAAGGCAGAGGUUGCAGCACGUGAUCUCGAAAAAGCCAGAAUUGACAUGGAAACAGAGGAAAUACUGUAUGGAAACCGAAGUAGUCCUAGUUUAGGAAGUUAUGGACAACAAUCAAAGCAGAGUGCUAUAAGGACCUCAUUCUUUGCUCUUCGCAACAACAUCCUAGAGGACCUCCAGGAAACGAAUUCUGAAACGGAGGAAGAAAUAAGAAGAAAUCUUUCCGGUCUUCACAAAACAAUGGCGGAAGUGCAAACAGGUAAAGGGAAUACCUCGAGGACUGAACAUGAUGUAUCAACGGAUUUUCUGUCUUCAUGGAAAAUGUAAAUGAUAUUCGGUUAUGAUUCGACUGUUGGCAUAUACAAAAUAUGACAAAGUAUUAAGAAAUAUGUUAUUGUUAGGAAUUUUUUUAUUGAGUUGGUAUGAUUUAUUCAAUUUUGGAGUAGAACUGUUGGAAAUAGCUUGGUGAAGAGAUAGUCUCGCAUUGAGUACGUGAAUAAUCGCGAAACAGAACAAUGUCAAAAAAGCUAGCAUUUGUUAAAACAAUAUAGGUUACAACAAUUCACGAGGUACCUUGUAAACUAUUAAGAGAGUACAUCUAUAAUAAGUAUAAGAUAAUGUGAAUAAAUAUAUUGAUAGAUGACAUUUUUUACGUAGAACCUGGGCAGAACAUGCUUAGUAAAACGUAGUAAAAUAAGUAAUGAAUAUUUGAAAUACCUUGCUAUCCGUUGAAGAUACUAUAAUAAUUUAGUUUAAGUGCAUAUUAUUUUUUUCAAUUUCUUCUGCAGUGAACUAAAUAGUAAUGCUUUAAAAACAUUUAAGUUUUUGACCUUACUUUUGUUCCAUUUUGGGAUUAAUUAGUUCUUUAACGUUUGUACGAAGUUUUGUUAAUUCAAAGAUUAUCGUUUCGAGCAUCACAGAAGAAACCCGAUUUGUCAAUAUGCGGAUCUGGUACAAUAAAAAUUAUAUAGAUGUAGAAUAACUUGCUUAAAAAAAUCUGUAUGCAUCUGAAUUGCAAUCCCUUUAAAAGAGUUGUCGAAAACCUUUUAAAUCUCUUUUACUCAACAAGCCAGAUCUAGUAUGUUCAUCAGAUUUGAGUUUUUCAUUUUUACUUUCUAAUUUACCGAUGAAUUAAAUUAAUAAUUAAAGGAUGCAUUUAAUUGAGUAUCUAGUUCUACCAUUUAUUCAUGGUCGCUAUUUCCAUCAAAAUGAAUUUUGUUAGCAUUUCCGCCAGCAUAAUUAGUGCUAUAUUGUGUACAUCAUUUGCAUAUUCAACAGAUAUGUAUGAGUGAUAGACAUUUUUGCGUGUUUUAAUCAGACUAUAUUAUGGUUGGUUUUAUUUUCUCAGAAUAUCAGGGUUUAGGUAUUAGUUGUUAUCAACACUAUCCCAGUGACUAGUGAAUUAUCUGUGAUAUUUUGUUUUUAUUAUUGUUGAAAAUAUGUCAUGUAAAUUUACAAUUCCUGGUAUAUUCAUGAAUUUGUUAUAGUUUUUUUGUUUGUUUGUUUGAAGAUAUAUCACUUUAUGCAACAGCAAUCAUAGACACUACCCAAGUUAUUUAAUAUACUGCUCUGGGUUUGAUUAGCAUUAGCAAUAUAUAUGGGUUUCAGGUAUGACGAAAUAACACAUUUUACUUUGUUUGAUUUAUUAUCU